GUCAGAAUGAAAUCAAACACCACCUUAUGACCGAAAUAAAUGCAACGUUCUUCUCCUUAAUCUUCAAUUCAGAUAUCGUUUUUGAGAUGGGCAUCCAUUCAUCAAACUGUAUAGCUCGUUGCCUUAUAAACUCUCGAAUUUUAUCUGCGGGAUCUAAGAUUUGAUUUCCGUUUCCUUCAAUAUCUACCAAAGUCAGAAAAAAAAUGUCGUCCAUUGAAAAGUUUGCACACCUUAGAGUUUCCCUAGAAGCUAUAAAAUUGGCAACGAAUAACUUUGAUAGCAGCAACUACAUCAGUAAAGGUGGAUUUGGUAAGGUUUACAAAGGAGAACUCGUUCACUUUGGUGAGAAGGUUAUGGUUGCAGCAAAGCGCUUAGAUACAAGAUUUGGACAAGGGACCCCUGAGUUUUGGAAAGAGAUCAUGAUGCUUUCCCGUUACAGACAUGAAAAUCUGGUCACUCUCUUGGGAUUUUGUGAUGAGGGUGAUGAGAAUAUCCUUGUGUAUGAGUAUCUACCAAAUCUAAGUCUCGAUAUGUAUAUUAGUAGCUCUAAUCUCUCAUGGAUCCAACGCCUAAACAUAUGCAUUGGGGCAGCUCGUGGGCUUGAGUAUCUUCACAAUCCAGUAGGGACUAUUGGGUAUUGUGAUCCACUUUACAUGGAUACUGGAUUCUUGACAAAAGAAUCUGAUGUCUAUUCCUUUGGGGUGGUUUUAUUUGAAAUCUUGUGUGGAAGGCUUUGUGUAGCGAAGCAUGAUGACAAUCGCCGGUUUUUGUCAAAAUUGGCACAAAGCUGCUAUGAAAAAAAGAAGCUGCAGACAAUUGUACUUGAUUGUCUACAAGAGCAAAUAUACCCAGAUUGUUUGGAAAUAUUCUCCAGAAUUGCAUAUCAAUGUCUUCGAAGAGAACGUAAUGAACGUCCACGGGUUGCUGAGAUAGUAAAACAACUUAAACAUGCCCUUAAAUGCCAAGUGGAAUAUAUGGUCGAGAAGGAAAAGACGUUUAUAUUCAAAGCAUCAUUUUAUGCUGAGGUAAAUUUGCAUAUGCAUGAUAAGCUGGAACAGAUAUCUACUAAUGUUAAAGAAGACCUGAUCAUUCGCCCUGGUGAUAUGUCGGAAGAGGAGUUGAAAACAUACAAUGGUACAGAUCCUAGGAGGCCUGUUCUUAUGGCGAUCAAAGGUCAGAUAUAUGAUGUAUCAUCAUCCAGGAUGUUUUAUGGAGCAGGUGGUACUUAUGGAGAGUGGAGCGGGAAAGAUGCCAGUAGAGCCAUUGCAAAACUCAGCUUUGAAGAGGAAGAUUUGAACAGCGAUCUCACUGGUUUAGGGAAGAUUGAGCUGGAGGCGUUAGAUGAUUGGGAAAUCAUGUUCAGGAGCAAAGCACAGCGUGUCCAAGAGGCAAACACAAUGUGUUGGAGUCAACACGAACUGUCCAAGAGGCAAACACAAUGUGUUGAAUUUUAUGCUGAGGUAAAUUUGCAUAUGCAUGAUAAGCUAGAACAGACAUCUACUAAUGUUGAAGAACGAGCUUCAGGCCUUACAAAAUCAGGAAGACACGAUUAA